AAUGCCCUGGAGGCUGUGGGAAAGAGAGCCAGCCAUCGGACAGGUUCCCAGGUCACAAUCUUCCUUCCUCAGGGUGCAGGCGGGAGCAGAAAGGAAGGAAGGAAGAUGCAUUCAGCAUUGGGGUUAUCUUUCAUGCUAAUUGCAGUUACUUCGAAUUUUGCAAUGGCAAUCAAAAAGGAAAAAAGAACUCCACAGACACUUUCAAGAGGUUGGGGAGAUGAAAUAACUUGGGUUCAAACUUACGAAGAAGGACUCUACCAAGCAAAACAAAGUAAUAAGCCACUCAUGGUUAUUCACCAUUUGGAAGACUGCCAGUACUGCCAAGCCCUAAAGAAGGUUUUUGCAGAAAAUCAAGAAAUACAAGAGAUGUGUCAGAACAAUUUCAUCAUGCUCAAUCUCAUGCAUGAAACAACGGACAAAAACCUUUCACCUGAUGGACAAUAUGUGCCUCGAAUCAUGUUUGUAGAUCCUUCUCUCACAGUAAGGGCCGAUAUUACUGGAAGAUACUCUAACCGACUCUACACUUAUGAGCCGCAGGACCUGCCAGUGUUGAUAGAGAACAUGAAGAAAGCAUUACGUCUCAUACAGACUGAACUGUAAAUGUGGAACCAUUUUCCAUCAAGAAAGCAGCAUGAACCAAGAGGAGGGCCAUCUCCCAUGGGUGUUCAACCCAGUCAGUUCUCUUCUUUGGAAAUGCUUUCUUUACCUGCUGUUCUCUCAGUUAAGGCCUAACGUGCCUCUUCCAAUAAAGGCUAUAGUGGCUAUAAUAUGAACCUCAGCUAGUGAAAAGGAACAUCUAGUGUGUGACCUGCUCCUUCCUUGCAACAUCAAAUUGCAGGGGCCAUCACCAGGAGGACCCAUCCCCAUGAUCUGAGAAUUCACCAGAAGCUAUGGACACAGGAACAGUGUUUUUCUUGAGGGGCAAACUAAAUGUCAAGGGGAAGGUGUAUUUCCUGUAAAUAACCCUUUCCCCUUCCCAUAAUGACUUAAUAAUCAGACUUGCAAAUUAAGCCUCUAUUUAACCUUCUUAUGACCAACUGCAAAGUAAAGCAAGUUAAAUGCAUGAUCCAUGAGUUAAGAAAAUAACCAGCUUUUACUUCUAGAGAAACCAUGUUUUCUAAAAAAAAUGCUGAAUGUGUUAUCUAGUUUGACCCAUAAUGUUCCAUGUCAGUACGCGACAACUCUACAGGGAGCACAGAUAUGAAUCAGUUCAUACCAAAUUAUGUGAUACUACUGCAAAGUGCAAUUUACAUGGCUGCUAGGAAGCUUCUUGUAUUCCUAGAUGCAUCUGCCAUGUGCUCAUUACUUAGCUUACAGGCUGUGUAUUAUUUGUGUUUUCAAUACAGGUUUUGUAGAUGUCCAAAUAAAACAGGAGGGCCACUCAGGAGGGCUGCUGAAGACAUAUAUGUUGAUGACAGUAAUUUCAGCACUAAAACAGCUUCUGUGCAGGACUAUUAAGCAUGCCACCAACAGUAUCCAAGAAAAAUGAUCCAUUUCUGACAUUGUAAGGACAGGCACAUGUUUUCAGAAGGAAGCCCCAUGGAGUCCAGAGCAGGCUUGACUCUCUAGUAAGUGGCUUAAGAGUGCACCUGUAGUUAUUUCAGAAAUAGCGAGUGGCAUUCCCUGCACAGUU